AUUUGAUUGUUUCUUUAUGUUAUCUUGUUUAGAUAGAUAAUGUUUGUUCAAUAAUAUUGCCAAUCCGAAGGGUUCAAUGAGUGUAUAUAUCCGUGGUUUUCAUUUGUUUCGAUCAUAUCCAUUCUCUUGUCUGUGAAAUUUCACCUGGGAAUGCUUUGCAUUAAGAAUAAUCUUGACACUGGAGAGAUUUCAGAUGAUAACUUAUUGCCUGAAAACUCUUCAACAUCGUCAUCGUCGUCCGCUUAUAUUAUAGGACACAAUACUGAUCUUUCAACCGAAAUUCUAUUGCGUCUACCACUGAAAUCCCUCCUGGAGCUCAAAUAUGUAUCAAAACAAUGGCUCUCUCUCAUCUCUCAACCACAUUUUGUUCGGCUCCAUUGCCUUCAGAACCGCCCUUCAAUCAAUGGUCUGUUCUUAGUCAAACCUUCCUAUGGUAAAAUCCAAGAAUUCGAGUUCAUCUUUCUUGAUGGAAAACAUACUGAGCCUGUCCCCAUCAAAACUCUUGCAUUUGUGAAUGAUCCUGCGGGCUUACGUGUUGAACAGUCUUGCAAUGGUCUUCUAUGUUGCAGUAGUUUUCAAUCACAUAUCAGUAAACGCAUAUACUACAUCUAUAAUCCAGCUACGAAGCAUUACAGAAUGAUUCCUACAUCUCGAAUGAUUUGUAGUGUUAGCUUAGCUUAUGACCCCUUGAAAUCACCUCAUUACAAAGUCAUAUUCAUUUGGAAAAAUGAUGCUGUUAAUUAUCAUAUGGAAAUUUAUUCUUCCGAAACAAGGAGUGUGCGGCUGUCGAGCUGUCAUCUUCCUGCAUCUAAGUGUAUGUUCUAUACUUCUGGUGUCUUUUGGAAUGGGUCACUGCAUUGGAUUAGAUUGAGGAAUUCUUCCUGUUAUUUCGAUAUUGAUCGAGAUGCGCUGAAGGUAAUGCCAAUGCCACAAACCAUAGAUGGAAAUAAUGGACUGAGGGUCGAGUAUUUUGGGGUGUGUAGAGGUCAUAUGCAUCUUAUCCAGAUGUACGGUACAAGCAUGACUCAUUUCGACAUCUUUGAGAUGCAGAGUGAUUACAGUGGGUGGACUGCAAAAUAUUCUAUUGAUCUCGAACCAUUGACAUAUUUAUACCCGCAGCCAGUUCUGGACGAGUCGGUCUUUUCUGGGGAGUUCUUGUAUCGUUGUAGAUUCUCUGUAUUACUUGUCAAUGAAGAAGAAGAUUCCCCAUCCUUGGUGUUGCAGGUACCAAAUAAGAUAGUCUCUUACGAUAUUAGGAAAAAGGUAUUCAAAAAAAUUCAUGAUUUAUCACCAGUUGCCCAAGGAGAUGGCAUGAAAAUCUAUCGUUGAGGGCACUUGUGUCAAAAGACUAGUUAGAGGACGCCAUGGAGCUG